CUAGAUUUCUCAACGUAUGGCGACAGUCAUUGAUUGGACAUAAAUCAAAGCACAUUAAAAAUGGAAUUUCGUUCUUUUUUGAUCACUAUUUUCGUAGUCGCAUUCGCUCUUCUUCAUUAUGGAGAGGCAAAGCAAUGUUACCUGUGCGAUUCGAGAAUUAGUAAAACUUGUGCAAGCAAACCAUCGCUGAGAGAGGUAGCAGAGUGUCCAACUAUAACCAAUUGUGCGAUUUGUAAUUAUAAAUUAUCCAACGGUACUGAGAUUGUUAUUCGCACCUGUAACUUCAAUGUUGUUCCUGAAAUCAUAACCAUAGAUACUGUAAAUUGUAUUAUGUGUGAUAAAGAUCUCUGUAAUAAUGCUAAUAUGGCAACAGUUAGCAUGACAGCAUUAGGGUGCCUCGUAUCGUUUUGGGCGAUUCGAUUUGUUCUUACAAAUUCUUAUUAAUUGUUUAACUCACGUCAUAAAAAACACGCCCUUAUAUUAAAAAAAUAUCACAUUAAAUAGCUCUAUUUUUCUUUUAUUUUAUCUACGCUAAU